AGUUGGCCGCAUGAAGGUGGAGCUGUUCGCAGAUGUUGUGCCCAAAACAGCGGAGAAUUUCAGGCAAUUUUGUACAGGUGAAUUCAGGAAAGAUGGUGUUCCAAUAGGCUACAAAGGGAGCACUUUCCACAGGGUCAUUAAGGAUUUCAUGAUCCAGGGAGGUGACUUUGUAAAUGGAGAUGGCACUGGAGUAGCUAGUAUAUACCGGGGUCCCUUUGCAGAUGAAAACUUCAAACUCAGACAUUCUGCCCCUGGGCUGUUAUCUAUGGCAAACAGUGGCCCAAGUUCUAAUGGUUGUCAGUUUUUCAUCACAUGCUCCAAAUGUGACUGGCUGGAUGGAAAGCAUGUUGUAUUUGGCAAAAUCAUUGAUGGGCUCCUUGUCAUGAGAAAAAUUGAAAAUGUACCUACUGGUCCAAAUAACAAACCCAAACUACCAGUGGUCAUCUCGCAGUGUGGUGAAAUGUAGAGCAAUGGACUCAGAAAUCUUGCUGCUGUGGGGGCUGAGCCAGUGGUGAAGACAGCAUGCCCAGAUGGUCUGCAUUCUGACAUGGCUGAUGCUAUUACUGAUCUUCUUUCUCCUCCCACUUCCAGAUAGUCCCUGGUCCCUGGUCUCUGUGCUGCUGGCACGUCUUCAGAAGCUUCUGACAUUCAGGAUGUACAGUUUUAAAAAAAAAAAACAAUUUUUUUAGUGUAAAUCAUUGUGUUAAAUGUCUGUGCAGUGUUGUCCAGUUAGAAUAUUUCAGGCUGGAUUCUUGGACCGGUGUACUUUUGGGGUUUUUUUCUUUUGUUUUUGCAGAUGAAUAUACUUUGAAUUUUGAAUAAAAGGUAAACAUAUCUAA